GAAACGCUAGUUUUUUUUCUUUCUUUCUUUUUUUGGUAAAGGAAUGAUGGGCUGUUCUGCCAAAAAAGAAGGUUGGAAAGAGCCCAUCAUCAGUGAUGAAAAGGGCGUUAUGAAACUGAAAAUUUUUGAGGAUGAAAUGCUUUAGAUAUAACCUAAAACUCACACUAGUUCUAUGACUUUCUACUUUUCCUUUAACCAGAUAAUUCUAAACUUUAAAUAUAUAUAUAAAGCAAACUGUUUAAUAGCUGCACAUAAACAUAUGAUUAGUUGUCUGAAAAAUAUCAGCAGUAAAGUAAGAAUGUGUUAUUUUUUAGUAAUGUUUAACCUUUAUCUCACCAGUGCUUGCAUAUAUCUUUUUAACCUUGCAAACAGCCGUUGAGAACGUAAUACCACCACUUAGUAGGUCCACAUGGUCUUCAUCAAGUCCAGUAAGACAAAAGUAUCUGAUGUUUAAAAUAUGCAGAUCCAGUUCAAAGUCACAGUAGAUCGUGUUUGUUUUAAAGCUUUGCAACAGUUUGUGUCAUGUACUAGCAGUGAUCUCUGUCCUACCGUCCUAAGUAUAGUUCUCAUGCUGAUAACGAUCAGAUUAACUCAUUGAGGUCAUAAAUAACAAACUGGUGAAUCAGCCAUUGUGGACACCGAGUCUUUAAUUGUUUGCCAAACUUCUGGUCGUAACAGCAGCACGACAGGAAGGAAAUCUGGCUGUGGAUUUAAACGAGGGGUUGCAAGGCUCUGAGAGGGAAAAUGAAGGGCAGUGCCAGGGAAUGCUGUCAGAGAAAUCUUCAGAUUUGUUAUUUCAGGCAUUUUAGAUAUGAGGCUCAUUCCUGCCUGAUGAUUUAUAUCAAACUGAACAAAGGCAAAGAGAAAGAGCGCUGGAAACAAAUGGUGGAUCUGUGAUGAGAGUUUAUGUUUUUCCUAAUCUUUGUGAUACUUAUUUACAGGGCUUUGCUGAUAAUAUAGAGAAUAACAAUUUAGCCAUAUUUACCAUGGCCUGAAAAAGAUCGUUUCACUUUGAAAAGUGAAUUCGAUUCACUGAAGGGUAAAUACCUGCAAUGGUAAGCCAAACAACAGCAUGUAUGUGUGUGUGUUUCAGUCUCAGUCUGACGUAAUUUUGUUAUCCACAUACAGAACUCUGAAAAAGUAUCCCUCUCCUUCCUGAUUUAUUAAUGUUUUUGCAUAUUUGUCACAUUUACAUGUUUCAGAUCAUCAAACAGAUUUUAAUAUCAAAAUACAGUUUUUAAAUGAUGGCUUCUCUAAUUAAGAGAAAAAAGUUAUCCAAACCUACCUGGCCCUCUGUGAAAAAGUAAAAGGGGCAAAAGUUGCCCCUGAUUCCAUUAUUAUUACAGUAUUACUUAUUGAUUCUGGGAUCUCACUGGCUUUGUUUUGAGAGUCACCACCAUCUCUAACCAGCAUGUCAAUAUUACAUUCAUGCAAAUGAAUUGCACUGUGCCUGGUCAAAUGUUUGUGCAUGUUGUGGAGUUAUUUCUCCCCCUUGUUCUCCCCUUGUGGGUCAUUAUUCAAAAAAAGUAAUUAUUACAAAUAUUACACAGAACACUUUCAUUAAAGGUAAUGCAGUACAAUACUUAAUUACUUACUCUUUACAUUGCUUUCCAUAAAAUGAGCUGAAAAGCAUUGCCUCAUAAUAUACAUUUAACAAUAUACACCUACAGGCUACAGUCCCACACACCGAUGCAAAUCUUGAUCCUAAUGAGGACAGACAUAUGAACCCAAACACAAUGCUGACAACACAGAGCAAAGACGAAAACCAACAAAAAGAGACUUUAAAGUGAUUGCCACAGUGAUUCUACUGUAGAAACAUGAACAGGACAAUGAAGGCUGGUGCGAGACUCCUGUCGGCACUGACUCUGCUCCUCCUACUGGGGGCAGUGUUCACACAGAGGCCUCGGCCAAAGAAGCCCACCAGGCGCCCAGCUACCCCCAGAAAGCCUCCUGCUCGUCUCCCAACUGUACCACCCCAGCCUGAGCCAAAGGAACCAACAGAUUUCCCCCCACCCAUCCUGGGCCCACCUUCCAUCUUUCCUGACUGCCCCCGGGAGUGUUUUUGCGCCCCAAGCUACCCGAAUGCGCUCAACUGCGAGAACCGGAACAUUCGUGUAAUCCCAGUGAUUCCAUCCAGGACUCACUACCUGUAUCUCCAGAACAAUUACAUCUCCGAGAUAACCUCGGAGCCCUUCCUCAACGCCUCUGAGGUCCGCUGGAUCAAUCUGGCAAACAACCGUAUUCAUCGGAUAGAUAAGCAGGUGUUUGAAAAGCUUCCAGCACUUCUGUAUCUCUACGCCCAACGAAACCAGCUUAAUGAAGUCCCUUCAGGCCUCCCAGAAACUCUGGAACAGCUCCGCCUUAGUAGGAAUCGUAUUUCCAAGAUCCCACCUGGGGCCUUCAACAACAUGGGGAGCCUGACUAUGCUCGAUCUGUAUCACAACCAGCUGAGUGACAGUGGCCUGGGUAAGAACAGCUUUAAGGGCCUUACGAACCUGGUGCAGCUCAACCUGGCUCAUAACACGCUGAGGAGGAUGCCUACUAGUAUACCAACCAGCCUCGUGCAGCUUUUCUUGGAUAGGAACCGUAUCGAUGACAUCCCAAAAAACUUCUUUGACAACUAUGUUCACCUGGCUUUUGUGAGGCUGAACUACAACCAGCUGAGUGAUAAAGGAGUUCCCAAGAAUGUGUUCAAUGUCUCCAGCCUGCUAGACUUGCAACUGUCCCACAACCAGCUCGCUUCGAUUCCUUUGUUCAACAGUCACCUGGAGCACCUGCAUCUCGACCACAACACCAUUGAGAGCAUCAAUGGCACCCAGAUCUGCCCAUACAGCGUGCAAGCUGACCCGAGUGAUAUGAGCCAGGUUCCCAAGCUAAGGUAUCUGCGUUUGGAUGGAAACCACCUGAACCCUCCCAUCCCUCUGGAUGUCAUCAUGUGCUUCAGGCUCCUUCACUCUAUUGUCAUUUAGGAAAAUGGGGGCAUGGGGGCUUGCACAUGCAGUACUGUGCAAAAAUCUUGAGCUGUGCGCCAUUUCUUUAUAUUUUGUUAUUAAAGUGUGAAAAAUGUGCUUUCUUGUCAUUUCUUUAAGUGGUCUCCAGAAAUUGUUCUCCGGGCUUCUUAAAGGACAUUCAAAGCUCUUCCUUGAAUGUUGGCAUCUUUUUGUUCUGUUCUCUAUCAAGAUGAUUCCACACUGCUUCAGUAAUGUUGAGGUCCGGGAUCUGGAGAGGCCAGUCCAUGACUGACAGUGUUUAAUUGUGUGUUUUUCUAUCCUGGUAUCUUUAACUGCUUUGUCAGUGUGUUUGGGAUCUUUGUCAUACUGAAAGUUGAAGCUUCUGCUAAUCAGAUACUUUGCAGAUGGUACCACAUGGUGGAUCAAAAUCUGACUGUACAUUUCUGCAUUAUUGAUGUCAAUUGAUUUGACAAGAUCCCCAACACUGUUGGGGAUCAAUGUAGCCACAAACCAUGACAGGGCCUCUGCCAUGUUUGUCUGCAGACACACACUGUGCUACAUCUUUCUUGACCUCCUCUGUACAUAUUGACCAUAAUUUGAACUAAAAAAUUCAAAUUUUUGGUUCAAAGAAGACCUGUUAGGACUGAUAUUUGCUCCCAUUCUUGUGUAAUUUGACAUACCUUAACCUUUUCUCCAUUUUACUUAAUUAAGAAUGGCUUCUUAACAGCCGCUCUUCCAUUUCUGAUGAGGCUUCAGUGAACAGUAAAUGAACUGAAGGGUCAGAUGCAUCUCUCGGGUCAUGUUUCAGAUCUUUGCUGGAUUAUUUGACCUAUUUCUUCUGAAUAUAACUUUCAGAAAAACUUUUAAAAGAUUUUAAUUUCUUGGAGAACUGUUGCUCACUACUAUAAAGAAUUACAAGAAAGUCUGGCUCCAAAACAACAAGAAAUGAGGGGUGGCUCAAGACUUUUGCACAGUACUACUGACACACACACACACACACACACACACACAUAUCCAUGAAAACAUAGACUCUGUGCUAAGUGCAUUUCAUUGUAAAGUAUGGUGUUAACCCAGCAGUAGACGCUGUGUUACUGUAAUACUGAAAGAGGGACUGCAAAUAACUGCAAAACUUGGAUGGUUCAAGCUCUUUAAUUGUGAUGACAAAUUUAACUAUUGCCAUUUUUUGGACAGUCCCAACAUUACACUACAAAUCAGCAUAAAAUGUGGCUAUGCUGACAUUUAGAGUUAGGUUUCUGUAGUAGUUGCAGUUUAUCAGUGUUUUUUGUUUACAAAACUUCAUGUAAAGAAAAAAAGUGAAAAAUAUAGCUUGAGCAACGUCUGAAAACACAGGGACAUUUACAGACAUGCUACAGACAUAAACGGUAGUUAGGUUAACAAGAAUAGGUCAACAGAGUGGGGCAGCAGUCAGAGGCAACGAAUAACUACGCAGUGGAAGUUAAAAGAGAUAACCAGCUUUAAAUAACUAGCUCCAUGUAGUUAAAACUGUUUCAAAUGUGCCUGUGAUUUUCAAGAUACUCUUUGUAAAAAUGUCAUUUUAUUCUUGUUAUCCCUAAUCUUUUGUAUAUUAUUCUUCUGUAUAAAGAAGCUUUGUACAAACAAUGGAAAAUAAAAGUUCUCCUUGAUCAUCUGAUAA